AUGGCAAACGGAUUGCUUGUACUGAAUCCGGAAAGUCGCUGUAGUUUAUGGAGUUUUCUGAGUGGUUCUGCAGUUUGUGCCGUACCACUAGUCUCCGGUCUGUCAAGCGAUCUAUCUGUCCUCUGGAAAGAUUACUGGAAGCAGAUAAUCGUUUGUUAUGGCGUUGUACAGAACGCCUCUCUUUUCGCUGUUUACUGCCGUCGCGGAAAAUUGUACCAGGUUGCUGUCCGUGCAGGUGGGCUAGGCCUUACGUUUGGACUGGGCAUCUUAGUUAGUCUGUCUAAUACAACAUUCAUCAACUUUGGUUGGUAUAUAACUAUGCUGAGCUUUUUCCAUUGGUCAGAGUAUUUUGUCACUGCCAUAUCAAAUCCAAAAACUUUGUCCGUGGAGUCGUUUCUUCUUAAUCAUAGCCUGGAGUACAAGUUGGCUGCAAUGGCUAGCUGGGUGGAAUACUGGGUGGAGUGGUAUUUUGUUCCAGGUUUGAAGACAUUCCGCUAUGUGAGUUUAGUUGGGUUAGCCCUAGUGAUAGGUGGUGAGCUGAUGCGUAAAGCUGGUAUGCUGACUGCCAAGACAAACUUUAACCACUAUGUCCAGAGGUACAAGAAGGAUGGCCAUGAAUUAGUGACAAGAGGAGUGUACAAUUUUGUAAGACAUCCUGCCUAUGUCGGCUGGUUCUACUGGAGCAUUGGUACACAGCUGGUUCUUAUCAAUCCACUGUGUUUGCCAGGCUAUGCGGUGGCCUCAUGGAGGUUCUUCAGAGAACGAAUACAAGAGGAAGAAAUUUACCUGCUUAAUUUUUUUGGUGAAGAUUAUGUAUGUUACCAGAAGAAAACUGGAACUGGCUUGCCUUUUAUCCACGGGUACCGCGGCGAGUUAUGAAACAUACAGAGGAACAAAGUAGAUCUUUAACGGUACUGAAGAUAUGUGUAAGUUCGUGAUUUAAAUUGAUACACUGGAAUUAUGAAGGUGUUUCCGUUUUAAGCGAAGCUUUUACUUCUAAAAUGUGAUGUUAACUUAUCCCAAACUCUCAUCUUUAUCAUGGCCAGAGAGCAAGUACAUCUUAUACCCCAGUGUUAAGGUGUAAAUAUUUUAUGUAGCAAUAUACGAAAGUACAGUAUUGUGUUAGUGUGUUUUGUGAGGUUACGGCCUACAUUAUGAGUCUGGUGGCUGGCUGGUCAUCAAAUUGAGUUUUCAUGAGUGGUAGGCUUAGAAUGCGGACGUAAAGAAAAAAAUCAAGUUUAGAGAAAAGUUAGGUUAAAUAUGUGUUAAUCAUUGUGUGAUGUAGUAAUACAUUAAUCCUUAUGUGAGUAAGAUUAUAAUAUUAUGGUUGAAAAAUUCGCUCAUUCCCCUCCCCCCCCAAAAAAGAAAUAAAAUAUUACAUAAAUGUUUACACGUUUUAAGGCAAUUACUGAGCAGUUUCUUUGGGGAUGUAAAAAUAUGGAAUCAUCAGCCAUGAUUAAAACAAAGAAAAAUUCCUGAAAAUGCUACAAUGCCCGUGAUAUAAAUACCAGAGUGUUAUAAAGUCAGCUGUAUUUUCUUUAGUUCUUCUUUACUAAGAUAGGCAGCAGAUUCUGUGAUACUUUGAAUAACCAAUUAUCCGUAUGAGUUGUUUAUGUGCUUUGCUUAAUUGCUGUACUAUUUUGAAAAUGUGUUACCAUAAGUGUUAAAAAAACUUAUUAGCAAGGGAUUAUUGCACAGGUGUAGCUGCCACCUGCCAGUUGCUUUAACGCAUUUCAUUUAUGCUAUAAACACAAAUGUGCCAAUUCUCAAUGAUUAACGUUUCUGACCUGCAAAAUGUGGAAUAUCUGUGAAACACUGAUGUGUUGUUUUGAAUGUUUAUUGACAUUCCAUACAGUAAUUUUUAAUCCUAAGAUUCUGUGUAUUUUUCAAAUUGAACAAACAUGUUAAUAUACAAUAAGUAUUUAAGAUGGUCAACUGCAUUCAUGACAACAGCUGCAGAAAUGGCCAGUCUGGGGCCACUCUCACAAAACUUUUUAAAAGCUAUUCUCUUGUAAGCCAAAGAAAUGAUAUUCUAGUAUACAUGUACAUAGGUCAUACUGAUUUAAAGGAGGUGAUUUGCAGAAGAAGUUACCCAAAAUGUACCUUUAGAUAGAUUUGUGAUAGUAAGUCCUGUUGUAUUGAUUUCCUGAUGCCUGACAUCCAUUAUAAUCUCAUCUACGAGAUUUAUUUAUUUGAUUGGGGUUUUACGCCGUACUCAAGAAUAUUUCACUUAUAUGACGAUAGCCAGCAUUAUGGUGGGAGGAACCUGGGCAGAGCCCAGGGGAAACCCACGACCAUGCGCAGGUUGCUGGAAGACCUUCUCACAUACAGCAUCUACAAGAUAGUUUCAAUACUAAGGGGUUGAUUUUUACCAUAUGUGCUUUAAUGAUUCAUGGGGGAUUUUGUUAUCUAUUCGGGAUCUAUUUUAGUUGGAUUUUCCGUGUGCUUGUUUGUCUGUAUUUUGACAUUGUAGCAGGCAAUAACAUUGUCCAAGCAAUAUCUCCAAAACUCCUGGGAUGGAGUUUUUGAUCACAUUUGGUUGGAAGGUAGAUAACUGGAGAUAACUAGAACUGAUCAACUUAUGAGGGUUGCCCAUUUGCUGUUUGCUCAGUUUUUUCAACAUUUUUAGAGACAAUAUCAUUAUCUCUGCAAUAUUUUAAGAACUACUGGACCAAAUGUUACCAAAUUUUGGUUUAAGUUUAAUGAUGAAGGACAUAAGAAUGUUUUAUACAUGUAUCUCCAGGCUUGUUCUGAUGUUCACAUAUCAGUAUUUUUGUGGGCGAUAAUAUUGUCCAUGCAAUAAAUCCUGGGCCAAAUGUAGCCAUAUUUAAUUUGAAGAUCAGUUAUCAAUAAUAUUAAUAAAAUUUAGCUUUUUUUUUUGAUCUAUAGGUGUAGUGAUUGUCUACCUCUGGCCAAACCAUAGGCGAGUCAGCCUAUUUGGGGUGUUUUAGUUACCUCAGUGAGGACUGUGAGGACCGUGACUGUUGAAGUCCACGAUCUACUUGCCAAGCUUGCCAAACUUUGUGUACACUACAGUCAGUAUUAACAUCCAAAUUUUGUACAUGUGCACUUUCAGUUAACUUAAUGAGGAAUUUAUUGCCCAGUUGUUCAAAGUUGCUGCACAGCUCGCCCAACAAUGAACAUGUAAAGAGAGUCACACAUUGUGUAUACUGCGUAUUAUAUACAAAUUCGAGCAGGUUAAGUAAAACCUUGCACAUUAAUGUCUAUAUAAGGAGUGAGAUUGAUGACCCCUCUCAAGGUUAAAAGCCACAAUAAUAUAAAAUGCCACACCACAAAUGCACCACUUUUACAACAAAAAAACACAACAACAAAACAUUAAGCAAAUUUUUAUUGUUUACCAAUAACUUUUCACUUUAGAAAUCUUUUUAAUGUGAAUAACCCAUGCACCACUUUUACAACAAAAAAACACAACAACAAAACAUUAAGCAAAUUUUUAUUGUUUACCAAUAACUUUUCACUUUAGAAAUCUUUUUAAUGUGAAUAACACAUCAUUCAUAGCUGUAUGUACUUGUAGCUAAAUGUAUAUGCCAUGUUCUGGCAUAUAUCUUUUACUUAUUGUAUUCCUGGUCUGGGGGCAUCCGUGGCUCAGUUGGUUAGCUCGCUAGCACAGCGUAAUUACCCAGGAGUCUCUCACCAAUGCGGUUGCUGUGAGUUCAAGUCCAGCUCAUGCUGGCUUCCUCUCCGGCUGUACUUUGGAAGGUCUGUCAGCAACCUGCGGAUGGUUGUGAGUUUCCCCCGGGCCCUGCCCGGUUUCCACCUACCAUAAUGCUGGCUGCCAUCGUAUAAGUGAAAUAUUCUUGAGUUUGGCGUAAAACACCAAUCAAAUAAAUAAAUAA